UACCCAGGAAGUCCUUUUCUUCGCUUCAUCUUUCUUCGACUUUCCUUUAGAGCAGAGCUCUCAUUAAUCUCCUUCUCCACAGCCGCACCUAGUCGACGUGUCGUUUCCAGUCUUUAUCUACACUCGUUCAUUUUCGAAGAUGAAAUUUGCUGCUGGACGGUCGGCUUUGAUUUUAACCCUGCCCCUUGUUGGGUAUGCCUAUCCAGUUUCUUUGCGAGCCGCUGGUAGAAGCUACGGCCAAAAAGUCUCUAUGGGAAACUCCUCCAACACCCAGUCGGUUGGUGCCGCGUAUUUCAUCACAAAUGAGGCCUCGGGAAAUUUCGUCGUUGCCGCUGACAUGUCCAACGAUGGGACUCUGACCUUGCGUCAGGCUGUCAGCACUGGAGGUAUCGGCAGUCAUGGAGAUGAUGCCGGUGCAAACGGUCCCGACGCCUUGUUCAGUCAAGGCUCAGUUAAAGCUUCUGCAUCGGGAAAGAUCCUUGCGACAGUUAAUGCUGGUUCGAACACGAUAUCUGCGUUUAGCAUCAACCCUUCCGACCCUACAGAUAUUUCAAUGAUCGGUUCCCCCGUUGGAAGUGGCGGGGAGUUUCCUGUGUCGGUCGCUAUCAACAGUGCUGGCGAUACCGUCUGUGCUCUCAAUGGAGGCGCAGUGAAUGGCGUCAGUUGUUUUUCUGUCAGCGAGCAGAAUGGCUUGGUACCUGUCACCGGCACUAAUCGCUCGCUCAAUCUUAACCAGACUACUCCUGCGACAGGUCCUGCAGGAUCUGUUAGCCAUAUAGUCUUUUCGGAAGACAACAAGCAGCUCAUCGCUUCAGUCAAAGGUGUACCACCGACACCUGGAUUUCUCGCCGUAUGGGACGUUGCUGAUGAUGGAUCUUUAUCUGAGUCUUUUACUCCCGUCGCCCCUGCAGAAGGGGGUCUUCUCCAGUUCUCGAUGACAAUCAUCCCGGGAAAGAACGCGAUCUUAGCUACUGAUGCUGGAAUUGGCUUCGACAUCUUUGACUUUAGCUCUGGUACAAAUGAAAGCAACAAGUCAUCAGUUGUCGCUAUCGAUGGCCAAAGCGCGACAUGCUGGUCGAGCUUCAGUCCAAAUACAAAGAACUUCUUUUUGACUGAUAUCGGAACCUCUAUGGUAACCGAAAUCAAUGUCGAUAACGAUCUUGUGGGCACUGUUGUUAAACAAUAUAACCAAGGACAAGGAGCUGCUACGAUAGAUAAUGAUAUCGCUUCUAUGGGUAGCAAUGACUUCAUGUACAUCCUGACGCCAAACGUGACCGCUCUCAAUGUGCUUUCGUUGAAAGCACCGGGAGACGCCCAGUUGAUUCAGAAACUCGACAUCGCAGGGCCUGCCAGCGCGGCUGGUCUUCAAAUCAGCGCUUCUAAUCUACAAGGUAUGACUACUUUCAUUGCACAGUAGUCGUACAUUCUCAACUGUCACUCUGACCAAUGUCGAUGAGAGUUUUCUGUUGUGAAUCCCCGGUUCUUUUCAUGAUACAAGGCAGUUAAAGUGAAAAUUUUGCAAGU